AUGAGUUCCGACGACGACGCGACUCAGCUCAUGGCAGCGUUCAGGAGAGGAGGCGCAACGAGGUCUGGCGCGAAUAAUCUCAAGCCCGCCAGCACACGCGGCCGCUCAACGCCGCGCCGCUCGCCUGCUCGAACAUUACCAGCGAAACAGGGUGCCACGGUUGCAGUCGAAAACAUGUUUACCGAUUCGAGCUCCGAUGAGGACGAGAUCAACGCUGAGUCGCCGCCGUCCAAGAUCCAGAGGGUGUUACAUGUUCGAACAAGCCCUGUCCGCAACAGGAGCGAAUAUACAUAUUAUGAACCGCGAGAUGAGGUCGAAAGCAUCGUGCUGGAGCGUACAUCAAGGAAGGGUGAUAUCAUAUAUGAUGUCAAGCUUGUUAGUGGUGAGACAAAGGAGAUCAACUUUGAGGAGCUCCUCGAACUUCCCGGUGGCCCAGCUGCGCUGAACAAUCACGAGCCCGAAGACGCCACCUCCACAAGUGCCGACGACAUGAGGCUCCGCGGAAGGACCUCCAAAGCAAACAAUGAUGGCUUUGUGGAUAUUACUACAAUCGACAUUUCCUCGUCAGAGGACAAUGACAUGAACGACGACAAGCUCGUUUCAAACAUGAAACGACGCAAAAGCCGUGUUGGUAGACCAGUCAAGAGUGACAAGAAUGGUUCGCGCUCGUUGCGGAAUCGAUCAGACCUGAGCGACCCUAUUGAACUUACAAGCAGCGAUGAAGAUAGUGAAGAAUCGGGCAAGCAGCGCAGGCGACGCAAGAAGGUCCAGGAGCCUACGCGACGAUCUACACGACAACCGGUGCCAGUUCGAAACUUCGAUGAUGAGGAAAGCGAGGACGAUGAAGAGACCAGCGACUCCGAUGACAUACUGCGUUCGAACAUAUUCCCUGGUGGUAAGCGCAAGAGGCGGGGCUUUCGCGCAUCCAAACCAGAAAAGGUCCGGCGUAUUGGUGCGCGCCAGUCUGAACGAUCGACGCGUGCAACAAACAACAUGGAGGAAGCGGGGGAACACGACAUCUAUCGCUCGGACUCGGCGCCAAAGCCCUCUGCACCGCAGGUCAAGGCUGUUCGAGAGGUUUUCGAGACGCGCCCUCGUGGCGACCUCUUCCGCUCUCGACACGUUGAAGGCUGCGAGGUGUGCUACGAUGGCCCCAAUGUUGCUCCGCUUGUUUACUGCCAGGGCUGCUCCCUAGCAUACCACAAGAAUUGUUUGGGUACCAGAAGCUCCCGCGAGCAUCUUGUUACCAAAGUUGGCGAUGAGCAAUUCAUCUUACAAUGCAAGCGAUGUGUGAAUGUCUACCAAAAGAAGGAUCGUUUUGCGCCUAAUCUAUCCAAAUGCCAGGAUUGCGGCAAAACCGGCGAUUCCUGCAAACCAUUCAGGCACCGGAAGACCACUAUGCAAGAGAUGAAGGACCGUGAAGACAACGACGGUGACGAUCCCAUAACUGACGUUCCCUCCGAGCUCGUCAAUAAUCCUCACAAUGUUCUGUUCCGCUGCACAAAGUGUUCGCGAGCAUGGCAUUACCACCACUUGCCGCCUUUGUCACCAUACGCGAUAGACGUGAACCGCGACGAUCAGGAGCUGGCAGACGAACGCUUCCGUGAGUACUCGAACAAGUGGAUGUGCAAAGAGUGCGACAACACUGGCGAUAAAAAAGUCGGAGGUCUUGUUGCUUGGCGCCCAUCAGACGUCGAAGCGUAUCAGCCUGGCACCCCAUGUGAGCUCGUCAAUGAAGACGACAAGCAGUAUCUCAUUAAGUGGGAAAACCAGUCGUACUUCCGCGCUGCCUGGUUCUCCGGAGCUUGGACAUGGGGCGUCAGCGCAACUGCUAUGCGCAGGGCCUUCUUCAAGAAAGAAGAUGGACCGAAGAUGCGUACUGAAGAUGCGAUACCUGAAGAGUACCUGCGCAUUGACAUCGUUUUGGACAUCAAGUUCACCAGUUAUGUCGAAAUCCGAUCCGAGGAGAUCGACAAGGCACGUAUUAAAGAGGUUGACAAAGCUCUCAUCAAGUACAAGGGCCUCGGAUAUGAGGAUGCUGUCUGGGAGAAGGUUCCAACGUCCGAGGACGGAGACCGUUGGCUCGACUUUGUCACUGCAUACAACGAUUGGGUUGCGGGACGAUACAUCAAGGUACCCAAGCAAGGUCCGCUCAGGGCUCGCCUUGAGAAAGUCCGAAAUACUGCGUUCGCCAAACUAGAGAGGGAAGCUCAGCCGGAGAACCUCGUCGGAGGCGAGCUGAUGAAGUAUCAGAUGGAGGGUCUGAACUGGCUAUAUUAUCAGUGGUACAACCAGAAGAAUGGAAUCCUCGCUGAUGAAAUGGGUCUCGGAAAGACCAUCCAGGUCAUUGGGUUCAUGGCCACCUUGGUUCAGGAACACAAUUGCUUUCCGUUCAUCAUUGUGGUGCCCAACUCUACUUGCGCCAAUUGGCGUCGCGAGAUCAAGCAGUGGGCCCCAUCCUUGCGCGUCGUGGCCUACUUCGGUUCUAGUAAAGCUCGUGAGAUGGCGUACAAGUACGAGAUGUAUCCUGAGGGAACAAAGGACCUUCGUUGUCACAUUGUUGUGACCUCAUACGAGACCGCGUCAGACGACAGCAGCAGGAGAUUCCUGCGAGGCGUCAACUGGGCCGGAUUGAUCACGGAUGAGGGGCAACGCCUGAAGAACGACAAGAGCCAGCUCUAUACUGCGCUCUCGGCAGUCAAAGCGCCCUUCAGGUUGCUCAUGACCGGUACACCCCUUCAGAACAACGCACGAGAGCUGUUCAACCUACUUCAAUUCCUGGACGAAAAUAUUAAUGCUGCUGAACUCGAGGAGAAGUACGCCGAGAUGACAUCUGAGAACAUCAAAGAGCUGCAUGAACAGAUUCGACCAUACAUCCUCCGCCGCACUAAAGCUCAGGUCCUGACCUUUCUCCCUCCUCUUGGUCAGAUUAUCUUGCCAAUUUCCAUGAGUCACUUGCAGAAGCAGGUUUACAAGUCAAUCUUGUCCAAGAGCCCUGAACUGCUGAAGGCUCUUUUCACCUCAGACAAAUCUCUCAAGCAGCAAGAGCGUGCCAAUCUGAGCAACAUCUUGAUGCAGCUGCGCAAGUGCCUGUGUCAUCCUUUCGUCUACAGCCGUGAGAUUGAGGAGCGAACGGAUGUAGCCGCCGUCUCUCACCGCAAUCUCGUCGAAGCGUCUGCGAAGCUUGGUCUGCUAGAAACCCUACUGCCAAAACUUAAAGAGCGUGGCCAUCGAGUGUUGAUCUUCAGCCAGUUCCUCGAUAUGCUCAACAUUAUCGAAGACUUUCUAGAUGGUAUGGAGAUGUCGUAUCAACGUCUUGACGGCACCAUGGGGUCGCUCGAGAAGCAGAAGCGCAUCGAUCAGUUUAAUGCACCUGAUUCGCCUCUUUUCGCGUUCCUGCUCUCGACGCGCGCAGAUCUACAGGCCAUUGCACGAGCUCACCGUAUCGGUCAGAAGAACAAGGUGCUAUGCUUCCAACUUCUGACCCGAUCUUCCGUGGAGGAGAAGAUCGUGCAAAUGGGUCGCAAGAAGAUGGCUCUCGACCACGUUGUCGUAGAGCAGCUGGACGCUGAUGAAGAUGAAGAACAAGAUGUUGAGUCAAUUCUCAAGUAUGGCGCCGCUGAGCUCUUCAAAGACGAUACUGCAGACCAUGAUAUCCGUUACGACGAUGCAUCUGUCGAGAAGUUGCUCGAUCGCAGCCAGAUCGAGAACACUCGCGCUGCCCCUGGCGACGACUCAGCGGAGUCGCAGUUCAGCUUCGCACCUCCUGACCCAGGUGUGUGGGACAAGAUCCUGAAGGAACGCCAAGCACAAGCUGCCGCUGAAGCGCUUGCUCGGGCGCAUGCUUUGGGCAGAGGCAAGCGCGCUCGAGUCAAUGUCGACUACAUGACCGAGCAAGAGAAAGCCAAAGCUGCUGCUGAUGACAGCGAAGAAGAUGCUGAGCCUCCAUCGCCUGUCAAGGUCAACAAGAAAAAGAAGCAGAAGCGUUCCGACUCAGGAAGCGACACUGACUUCCAAGUUGACUCGGAUGAGGAUACCGAGGUCGAAGUGGAGGAUCCGGAAGGUAAUGUGCAACAAGAGCUCGCAGAUUCGACUCAACAGCGCGGCAUCGGCAGUCUUGCCCGUCAGCUUCCACCGCGACCAACAGGUGAAGACCAGCUUCGUGUUCCGGGCCAGCCUACAGCUGUCGUCUCCGCUCCUACGCCACCGAAACGCAGUCCAGCCAAACCGGCCAAACCAAAGAGCAGUGGUAAGCCCACAAUUUCUUCAUCGAAACUUACAGACAAACCUUCCGCAGUCGAUCGCGCUCCAAAGAAAGUUGCGAAAGAGCCAACAGUCAUCUCAUUGAUCUCACCUCCAGCUUCCCCGAAGCUAACACUACGUCAUCAGUUCAAGCCUUUUGUCCCGGCGCGCAUAUCCCUAUUCGGAACCCCUUCGAUCCGACCCAACCGCACACCCUCCGCAUUUGUCCUGCAUGCCACAAGUCCCAUCCUUCCGGUGCUUGUUGAGCUUAAAGUGGCUGGUGGUCGAGCACUGCGGACUUUGUGGGCUGGCGCACUAUGGCUACAGUCGCACCUGCCCCCACAUCAAAUCCGAGACACAGGUCGCGAGAUGCUGCAGGCGCUUAAGAACUCACCCGAGAAGAAAGAACUCAUUGACCUCGCAGUCAAGUACCUCCGCGGCGUAAAGGGCACACUGGUGCAGCAGAAGAGGCGCGACCGCGAGAAGGCGGCUGGUAUGAACCAAAAUAUGGCUGCCACUAAUGCCGCACUUUCUUAUGCCACCGGAAGAAAAGGCAUUGGAAGCGGCCCACCUCCUGACGCGCAGCUCAAUCAACAUGCGAAACAGGGAAAGGACGUUCAUCAGUCGUGCGUUCCUCCUCCUCGGCAGCAGGAGCAGAUGGCGUUUUCACACCAACUGCAGGGUGGUAGGCCGGUACCGACAGGACAUGCGCAGGGAGAGUUUGACGAGCGUGAUGUCGAGGAUGCCCUGAGAGGCUUUCUCGGGCAGGGACAGGGAGCGCGAGGAUGA